AUGAGUAACUCUGACAAUAACGCUCGUCGGGGUACGUCCUCAAACACGACCCGUCGUAGACUGGAGAUGGAGAACGAAGUUAUAAACCUCCCGGCGUGUGACCUAUCUGCGGCUGCUACGAGAUUUAAAAGAACAGUGAUUGGAAGGAUGUUCUACAGGGAGGGCAGAAGCAUGGAUGCGGUCAUUGCGAUGAUUCCAAAACCAAAGAUUUGGGACGUGGAGGGCAGAGUUAGAGGUCUGAAUCUGGGCAAUGGACAGUUCCAGUUCGAUUUUGAUAAUGAGGAAGACAUGGAAAGAGUGUUGCAGAAGCGUCCGUGGCACUUCAAUAGAUGGAGUUUCUCUUUGGAACGUUGGGAACCUUUCACAAGCGAGCUCUUUCCCAAUACAAUGCUAUUUUGGGUUAGAGUAACGGGUGUCCCGGUCCACUUUUGGAACAAUGAGAACUUCACGGAAAUUGGCAAAGCCCUAGGUGAGGUUAGAGGGAUAGAGGCGCACCGCUCACGUUUUCAAGUUUCCCUAAAUGCCGACGAACCUCUACAAUUUGAGAGGAAAGUUGGAUUCCCAAACGGUGAUGUUGGGACGGUCACCUUCGAAUAUGAAGGCUUACAGUGA